AGGGGCUCCUCUGCCUGCCUGCCGCGUUUCCUCCCCCAUGUGUGUUGGGACAGCUGAGCAGGCUGGGCUGACCCAACCAGCUAGGGUGGGGAAGCUGUCUAGGCAGCUCUUCAGAGAGAAAGAGCAGCCAGAGCAGCAGAGUCCCAGGUACACACCGGCAGACCCGGCCUGCAGGCUGCUCUGUCGCCAAUGAACUCCAUGAACCCCAUGAAACCUGCCCUGCCCCCCACACCACACGGUGAUGGUUCAUUUGCAUACGAGUCUGUGCCUUGGCAACAGAGCGCCACUCAGCCUGCCGGGUCCCUGUCCGUGGUCACUACCGUGUGGGGAGUCAGCAACGCAACACAGAGCCAGGUUCUGGGGAACCCCAUGGGCCCUGCAGGAAGCCCCCCUGGCAGCACCAUGAUGCCUGGCGUGGCGGGUGGCAGCUCUGCCUUGACCUCCCCACAGUGCCUGGGACAGCAGGCCUUUGCCGAAGGUGGUGCUAGCAAGGGCUACGUGCAGCAAGGCGUGUAUGGCCGUGGGGGCUACCCUGGGGGCCCCAGCUUCACCACUGGGUAUGCGGGUGGCCCAGGGGGCCUGGGACUCCCGUCACAUGCCACACGACCCUCUGCUGACUUCACACAAGCAGCAGCCGCAGCCGCCAUGGCUGCUGCUGCAGCCACGGCCACCGCCACUGCCACUGCCACCGUGGCUGCCCUGCAGGAAAAGCAGAGCCAGGAGCUGAGCCAGUAUGGAGCGAUGGGUCCCGGACAGUCAUUCAACAGCCAGUUUCUACAGCAUGGAGGGCCCCGGGGUCCCAGCGUUCCCCCCGGCAUGAACCCUACUGGCAUGGGGGGGAUGAUAGGCCCCUCUGCCCUCUCCCCUAUGGCCAUGAACCCUACCCGGGCAGCGGGCCUGACACCUCUGUAUGCAGGGCAGCGUCUGCCCCAGCACAGCUACCCAGGGCCUGCUCAGGCCCAGCCGCUGCCCCGACCUGGGGUCAAGAGGACCUACUCUGAGGUAUAUCCAGGGCAGCAGUAUCUGCAAGGCGGCCAGUAUACGCCCAGCACUGCCCAGUAUGCCCCCGGCCCUGGGCAGCCUCCCGCCCCCGCCCCCUCCUACCCUGGGCACAGGCUACCCCUGCAGCAGGGCAUAGGCCAGUCCCUGCCUGCGCCUGGCCCCACGGGACUGCACUACAAGCCCACGGAGCAGUUCAACGGUCAGGGCGCCAGCUUCAAUGGGGCCAGCGUGAGCUAUAGCCAGCCGGGCCUGAGCGGGCCUGCCCGGACUGUCCCUGGCUACCCCAGCUCCCCGCUGCCAGGGAACCCUACGCCACCCAUGACACCCAGCAGUGGUGUGCCCUACAUGUCCCCGAGCCAGGAGGUCAAGUCUCCCUUCCUGCCUGACCUCAAGCCGGGCCUCAGCACCUUGCACCCCUCACCCGCGGGAGGCGGCCCCUGUGAUGAGCUGCGGCUGACCUUCCCGGUGAGGGAUGGGGUGGUCCUGGAGCCCUUCCGCCUGCAGCACAACCUGGCUGUCAGCAACCACGUCUUCCAGCUGCGUGACUCGGUGUACAAGACCCUGAUGCUGCGGCCCGACCUCGAGCUGCAGUUCAAGUGCUACCACCACGAGGACCGCCAGAUGAACACGAACUGGCCGGCCUCAGUGCAAGUCAGCGUCAACGCCACGCCGCUCUCCAUUGAGCGGGGCGACAACAAGACCUCGCACAAGCCACUCUACCUGAAGCAUGUGUGCCAGCCGGGCAGAAACACCAUCCAGAUCACAGUCACUGCCUGCUGCUGCUCGCACCUCUUCGUGCUGCAGCUGGUGCACCGCCCAUCCGUGCGCUCCGUGCUGCAGGGCCUUCUCAAGAAGCGCUUGCUGCCUGCAGAACACUGCAUCACCAAGAUAAAGCGGAAUUUCAGCAGCGGUACCAUCCCUGGCACCCCUGGGCCCAACGGAGAGGACGGGGUAGAGCAGACGGCUAUCAAGGUGUCCCUAAAGUGCCCCAUCACCUUCCGCAGGAUCCAGCUCCCUGCCCGUGGACAUGACUGUCGCCACAUACAGUGCUUUGACCUGGAGUCCUACCUGCAGCUCAACUGUGAACGGGGGACCUGGCGGUGCCCUGUGUGCAACAAGACAGCACUGCUGGAGGGGCUGGAGGUAGACCAGUACAUGUUAGGCAUCCUGAUUUACAUCCAGAAUUCCGACUACGAGGAGAUCACCAUUGACCCCACGUGCAGCUGGAAGCCCGUCCCCGUGAAGCCCGACGUGCACAUCAAGGAGGAGCCGGAUGGGCCGGUGCUGAAGCGCUGCCGCACCGUGAGCCCCUCACAUGUGCUCAUGCCCAGCGUGAUGGAGAUGAUUGCAGCCCUGGGCCCCGGCAGUGCCCCCUUCGCUCCCCUGCAGCCCCCCUCGGGCCCUGUACCCAGCGACUACCCGGGCCAGGGUUCCAGCUUCCUGGGGCCUGGGCCCUUCCCCGAAUCCUUCCCCCCGACCACACCCAGCACCCCAAGCCUUGUGGAGUUCACCCCGGGGCCGCCCCCCAUCUCCUACCAGUCGGACAUUCCCAGCAGCCUCCUGACUCCAGAGAAAGCUGCUCCCUGCCUCCCUGGCCAGAUGACACCAGCAGGCCACUUGGACCCAGCCCACAAUCCCGGGCCACCGGGGCUGCACGCAUCCAACCUUGGGGCGCCCCCAGACCCCCAGUUGCACCACCCGACCCCUCCCCCUACGUCCCGGCCACCCCUGGGCCAGGCGAGCUCAGGGCCCGUCAGUGAGCUGGCCUUCAACCCGGCCACAGGCGUGAUGGGGCCCCCCAGCAUGGCCGGGCCGGGGGAGGGCCCGGAACCAGCUCUGGAUCUGCUCCCGGAGCUCACGAACCCCGACGAGCUGCUGUCCUACCUAGGCCCCCCCGACCUCCCCACAAACAGCAAUGAUGACCUGCUCUCUCUCUUCGAGAACAACUGAUUCUGUG